AUGGCGAAGAGAGUAAUGGAUUAUUCUCUCAGUCUGGCUGCUGACGAUGAGCUUGUGAUCGAAGAGAGGGCGAGUUUGCAAGUUGACGACGCGAUAAUGGCAGGCCUCUAUGCUCGACAAGAGGACACAGGAGACACCUUCCUCCGACUCUUCGCCAAUCCAUUUCAGGGACAAAUUCAGAUCAAUGCCUUCUGGGCUUCUCUCGCUCUUUCACUUGCUCUUUCGGCUGCGUUGACCCUCCUCUUCUCCCUCCUACGACCUCGACAUAACCUUGUUUAUGCUCCACGGACGAAAUAUGCAGAUUCUACACACUCCCUACCUCCGAUGAGUAGCGGGUUGUUCGGAUGGAUCAAGCCAGUAUGGAAUGCAAAAGAGGAGCUAUUGGUCGAGAAGUUGGGAUUAGAUGCGGUCGUUUUCUUGAGGUUUACUCGCAUGCUACGAAACAUCUUCAUCGUACUUGGAGUGUUGGGUCUGGGUAUCAUGAUACCAGUGAAUGUCACGACUGGUGUCUCAGCAAUCCGAGACAAGUCGAAUGUCUUCGCCAUCAUGACACCUCUGUAUACAUUUGGAUCUGGCCUAUGGGCUCAAGUCGUGGUCGCCUACGCCAUCAACAUCGUGGUGGUCUAUUUCCUGUGGCACAAUUACCGUCGGGUGUAUGCGUUACGUCGGCAAUGGUUCAACAGCUCGGAUUAUCAGGGUAGUCUUUCUUCUCGAAGUGUCAUGAUCAGACAUAUCCCACCCAAAAUGCGUGGAGAAGAGGGAAUUUUAAGAAUCACAGAUGAGGCCAAUCCUACUGGACAACUACCAAUCCCAAUAGCGCUUCGCAACGUCAAGGACAUUCCAGAGUUGAUCGAGCGGCACGAGGAGGAUGUGAGGAAGCUUGAAUCUAUCCUCGCAAAGUACUUGAAAUAUCCAGACCGUUUACCAGCACGACGACCGAUGAUGAAGCCACCAAGGAGCUACAAGGGUCCAACUACAGGCGGCAAAGUCGAUGCUAUUGACUACUACAGGAGACAUAUCGAGAUACUGGAGCAGAACAUCAAUGGCAUGCGUCAGAACAUUGACUCAAAGGAUGUAAUGCCAUACGGUUUCGCUUCAUGGGAUCAUAUUGCACAGGCACAUGCUGUGGCUUAUAACGCCCGCAAGAAGAGCCCGAAAGGGGCAAAGAUCCGCCUGGCGCCUCGACCUAACGAUAUAAUAUGGAAGAACAUGCCUUUGUCCAAAGGUCAACUGAGACGGAAAUCAUUCAGGAACGGUAUUUGGGUCACAUUGCUAACAAUCGCGUGGACACCUUUGAAUGCCGGACUCGCUGUCUUCCUUUCUAAUCUGUCGAACCUCGGAGCACUGUGGCCCAGCUUUCAGCGUGAGCUACAAAGGAACAAAACCUUCUGGUCCAUAGUUCAAGGCAUUGCUGCGCCAGCUAUCACCUCGACUGUAUACCUGCUGCUGCCUGUCAUCUUUCGAAGACUACAAAUUCGAGCUGGUGAUGUCACGAAGACAGCUCGAGAACGACAUGUACUUCGAAAUCUAUUCAACUUCUUCAUUGUCAAUAAUCUGCUGAUAUUUUCGCUCUUUUCGGCGCUGUGGCAAUACAUUACCGCUGUGAUCAAUGACAGCAACUCUGGUGUAUGGGAAGCUUUACAGCACGGAGACUUCUUUCUGACUGUCACUACUCAAUUAUGCCAAUCCAUUUCGGCCUUCUGGGUCAACUGGAUUCUGCAAAGGAAUUUGGGUGCAUGCGUCGACAUCGCUCAGCUUUGGACACUAUUCUAUCAGUGGUUUGCCAAGACAUUCUUGGCACCUACUCCUAGACAAUACAUCGAGUGGACAGCCCCAGCAAGCUUCGAAUACGCCGCCUACUACAAUUAUUUCCUCUUUUACACGGCCGUGAGCUUGUGCUUCUCUACACUUCAACCGAUUAUCCUUGUCUGCACAGCGUUUUAUUUCGUUAUUGAUUCUGUACUUAAGAAGUAUCUACUGAUGUAUGUCUUCGUUACCAAGACAGAGUCGGGAGGACACAUUUGGAGAACACUUAUCAAUCGGAUCAUCUUCUCCUGCAUCUUGGCCGACAUCAUUAUAGGUGUCACGGUUAAGGCGCGAGGCGAGUGGAUGAUGGUGUAUGCCUUGGUUCCGCUGCUAUUCUUCAUGCUCGGCUUCAAAUGGUACUGUGUGAGAACCUUCGAUGCAGGUAUAGACUACUAUUCACGAGAUCUAAAUCACGCAAACGAAAGCGUCAAUUCCGAACCCUCCGCAAAGUCGGUCAACCGUGCUGCAGCCAAGUUCCAUCAUCCUGUUCUUGACAAGCGGUUGAUGACACCAAUGGUCCCGGCCAAGGCUAGACAUAUCGUAUCCCAGAUUUACGCAGGUAGACUCUCCUCCGAGGUUGACAUGGAUCAACCAGCAUUCUCUGAAAUACCUAUGCAACCUCUUAAGCAAGGUGCUGAGCCACCACAAAACCAGCAAUUCGAAGCCGUGCCAGAAGGUCAACAAGACUAUGCUUUUUACAAGAACAGGUCAGACUUUGGCAAUGUUGGUGCCGACAGGUUGAGUAGAUACGACAUGAUCACUUCUCGACCCGGCACACCCGCAUCUUUCGGCACCAAGGGUAUUCAAUCACCCUACAAUACAACGCCUUACACAUCCCGACCAGCAUCACCUGCCAAUGUCACACGUAAAGAGGUGGCCUCGGGCACUCACCCAGCCCUACGUACACAACACAGCCGCUACAGUUCUCUGACACAGCUCGACGACAACAACGAUGAUGCCGACAUAUCAUUAUCGAUGCAUCCCAGCCACGGCCCAUACACAGAUCCGAAUGACGAUCGAGCGAAUUUACUACACGGGGUCGGUGACAUUCGUAGUCCGAAUGGUGAAUUCAUGGACAUGGAUCGCUGGCGGACACCAGGGCCGACACAGAGUGAACAGCCUGGGUCGUACGACUACUUCAGACGUCAUGGAGGGUUGAGGUAG